AUGAUUAUAUUCCAGUAAACUGUACAGAUGGUGAUAUUAGACUGUAUGGUGGGUCUACACCUAACCAAGGAAUACUUCAUGUGUGUAGUAAUGGAAUCUGGGGAACUGUCUGCAGUAAUAACUAUUGGAAUAACAUUGAAGCUGAUGUUGCUUGCUUUCAGUUGGGGUACUACAGCUAUGGUCACUCUUUCUCUAGAACAACCACUAGUAGAAUGUUUCCACUCAUUUAUUCUUAUUUUAAUUGUCAUGGUAAUGAAGUAACACUGUUGUCCUGUAGUUCUGGACUUCAUUCUAGUAUUCAGUAUUGUACUAACAAUGCUGUUAAGUUAAACUGUGAAGCAAAUUGUACAUCUGGUGACAUGCGCCUAGUUAGUGGUGGAUACUAUUAUGGUCGUGUUGAAGUUUGUGUUGAAGGAAUAUGGGGAACUAUCUGCAGAGAUAGCUAUUGGGAUAAUAAUGAUGCUAGUGUUGUUUGUAGGCAGCUAGGAUUCUCUCCUUAUGGUUCAAUUGCUGUUACUUCUUCAUGGAAUAAUGAAGAACGUGGAAUAACUUUUUUAACUGGAUUAAAUUGUAAUGGAACUGAAGAAAACAUUUUUGAUUGUCUAAUUGAUGCUAAUGCUCCUAUUUGUUCAUCUAAUUGGGCUGAUGCUAAUGUUGUUUGUCCAGCUCAUGGUGUUUCAACUUAUUCUAAUUGCACUGAUGGUAAUAUUAGAUUGAUUGGUGGCAGCACAAAAUAUGAAGGAAGAGUUGAAGUCUGCAUUAAUAAUGCAUGGGGAACAGCUUAUGGCUAUUCCAGUGAUUAUUUUGCUCAAACAGUAUGCAAUACAUUAGGUUUUAGUUCUCCUGGUGCUAUAUAUCUUUUUAAUACACCAUUUGGUGAAGGAAGUGGUCCUAUAUUAAUGUAUGCAUACUGCUAUCCUGCAGAGAAUUCGCUGCUUGACUGUUACUCAUGGCCACAAUAUAUUCCAGAUGCGAGGCAUGAAUCUGAUGCUAGUGUAAGGUGUGAAAUUCCUUGUGAAAAUGGUGACAUCAGGCUAGUUGGUGGUACUGAUCCAUUGGUGGGAAGAGUAGAGCUAUGUGUUUAUAAGACCUGGGGUACUAUAUGUGAUGAUUAUUGGGAUGACAAUGAUGCUAGUGUUGUAUGUAGACAAGUUGGUUUUUCUGGGCAAGGAAAUACUUAUAUACCAACAUACAAUUGCUAUACUGAGGGGCAACUGUCAUUUGGUAUUACUAAUCUUAAUUGUACUGGCUCAGAACAACAUAUUUUUAACUGUACACAUAGCAGUCCAUAUUUAUAUAACUGCAAGUCACAUAAUGAUGCUGGCUUAAUUUGUCAAAAAACUGUGCAACAAUCUAAUUGUACUGAUAGUGAGGUGAGAUUGGUUGAUGGUAGUGGUUCUCAUGAAGGAAGAGUUGAAGUGUGUAUUAAUGAAGCAUGGGGUACUGUCUGUUCUAAUGGCUGGACUAAUACUGAUGCUAAUGUAGUCUGUAAACAAUUAGGAUAUCUACCAAUAGGUGGAAGAGCAAGAUCCAGUAGUGAUCAUUUUGGUCCAGGAGUUGGUCCAAUACUGAUGGCUAGUGUUGAUUGUACUGGUAAUGAGGAAUCAUUAAUAGAGUGUAGGACAAGAUCAUGUGAUGCCACUACUUGCUCUCAUUAUAAUGAUGCUGGGGUCACCUGUGAACGUACCUGUACUGAUGGUGAGAUUAGGUUAGGUGAUUAUGCUGUCCUAAGGGGAAGAGUUGAAGUGUGUAUUAAUAACACAUGGACUACAAUCUGUGCUAGCUAUUGGACUGACAAAGAAGCUACUGUAAUUUGCUUUCAGCUAGGAUACUCACGCUAUGGUGCAGGUGCUACAUAUGGUGUAUUCAUUGAUAAUGAGUGGCCAAUUGGUAUAUAUGUACUAAACUGUACUGGAGAUGAAGUAGAAAUAUGGGAGUGUAUGCAUCAUACUAAUGGCAGUAUGCAUGGACUUGAUUGUUCACAAGGCACUGAUGCAUCAGUAUUCUGCAUGUCUAAUAAUACACAGCAUGUUAAUUGUACUAAUGGUGAUGUUAGACUUGUUGGAGGUGACAUAAUGAAUGAAGGCAAUGUACAAAUAUGCUACAAUAAUGCAUGGGGAUCAGUAUGUGAUAACCAAUGGGACUCUAGUGACAGUAAUGUGGUAUGCUAUCAAUUAGGACUACAACCUUUUGGCUCACAAUCUUUUGCUAAUAAUUAUUUCAGUGUCAAUGACAAUCCUUCAUUUGUGAUUGGAGCCUUAUCUUGUUCAGGAUCAGAGGAAUCAUUGUUAGAUUGUUCAAGGCACAUAACUUCUGGUGCAUCAAUAAACUGUCAAAGUCAUGAAGUUGCUGGAGUUCGCUGUAUUGGAAGCUGUACUCAUGGGUCUGUACGUUUGCAAGGAACUAGUAGUCAUCUUAUUGGUGAAGUUGAAGUGUGCAUUAGAGGAGUCUGGAGUACAGUGU